GUCUAGGGCUCGCUGCUGAAAAGCCUGCUGGAUCUUCCAGUGACCUGCUGUUCUUUCUUGCCUUCCUGUGUGUUUUUGCUUCCUAGAUUUAGAUUAAAAACAACGCUUGUUCCUCUUCCUCCUCUUUGUAGAGCAACGCACAGAAGGUCUUUUAGUUUUAAAGGAGAGUUGAAAGAGGAACAAGGUUGGAAGGCACAUUUGAAUGGAGGUACGUGUUUGUUUUGUAGCUUGUUGGAGACAUUUGCAGAAGGACAAGAUCGGAGACAGUUGGAUAGUUCUUCGGAAUUCCCUGCUGCUCUUGAGGUGUUCGACCACGAAACACCGUCAGUAAAGAGAACGGAACGUCACUCCAGGGAAUUCUGAGAGGGGUGAAUCCAGUCCAGGUGUCAUAAGGGGAUCUUUUUUAUGAGUACCCCUUGUUGGAUGCACUGACAGUCUUGGGAUCCAGACUUGGGAAAAGGGCACAGCCGGACUGCCAGUGCCACAUCUUGAUCUGGGGCUCUGUCCCCGGUGGUUGGGGGACUCAGAGGUGCGGAGGGUCAGGGCAGCGUGUUGGCCGUCAAACCCAAAGUUGGCAUCUCUCUGGUGACCAUGUACCCGCAGGGUAGACAUCCGGUACCUCUGCAGCCUGGACAGUCAUUCAAGUUCACAGUCCUGGAGACUUUGGACCGCAUUAAAGAAGAAUUUCAGUUCCUCCAGGCACAGUACCACAGUCUGAAACUGGAGUGUGAGAAGCUGGCCAGCGAGAAGACCGAAAUGCAGAGGCACUACAUCAUGUACUACGAGAUGUCCUACGGGCUCAACAUCGAGAUGCACAAACAGGCAGAGAUCGUGAAGCGGCUCAGUGCUAUCUGUGCUCAAAUCAUCCCUUUUCUCUCUCAGGAGCAUCAGCAGCAGGUUGUUCAGGCGGUGGAACGUGCCAAACAGGUCACCAUGGCAGAGCUCAAUGCCAUCAUAGGGCAGCAGCAGCUCCAGCACCUGUCUCACCACACCCCAGGUAUUCCUCUCACCCCUCACCCUUCAGGCUUGUCUCUGGGUGGCACGUCCGGACUGCUGGCCCUCACCGGAGCUCUGGGAGUCUCUGCCCACUUGGCCAGCAAGGACGAACGCAACCACCUAGACCCCGAGCAUCUCAGAGAGGGUGCACCCAGCAGGAGUAAAUCAGUAUCAUCGACAGACAGUCAGGUCACAGAGGAUCGACAGGGUCCGUCAGGAGCGUAUGCCUCACAGACGUCCAGCGAUGCCAAACGGCGGCGCUGUGAUGAGAAAGACGUCCUUCCUUCUCACUAUGACAGUGAUGGUGACAAAAGUGAAGACAAUCUUGUGGUAGAUGUUUCCAAUGAGGAAGCUUCCUCGCCUGUGGGCAGUGUUCCUCUUUCUCCUCACGGUAACGGCUUUGACCGAGCCCCAUCCCUGAGAAAGGAGCUCCCAGGGUCCCCCAGUCCCACACCAGGCACCCCUCCACACAGCCCACCUCCUGGCAAAAACAAGGACACAGUGCAAACAGAGAAAUCCCAGUCGCCCUCCUCUAAAUCAGGCAAUUCCUCACCUUCUCACCAUGACCCCCUGAUCCCCGGUCCCAGCACUUCCUGUUUACGGCUGGUCAACAAACCGACCUCCUCUGCAGACCCUCUGGCCCUGCGGAGUCCCUUGACCAUGACACCCGGUUCUUACCCAGCUCACUUUGGGAUGGUGUCCCACGCUGGGCUCAAUGGAGAGCUGGCCAGUCCAGGCGGGUUCGGAGGAUCAUUAACACUCUCGCCCCAAAUCAGCGCCGCUGCCAGUGCUUACACACGCAGCCCUAUGGUAGCGUAUGAAUCUCGUUCACAUCUUAGGCCAUCAGGGCUGUCCACGUCACUGCCUGGCUCCAGUGGUGGAAAACCCGCUUACUCGUUCCACGUGAGUUCGGAUGGUCAGAUGCAGCCCGUGCCCUUCCCUCCCGAUGCCCUCCUCGGUCCGGGUAUCCCACGGCACGCCCGUCAGAUCCACACCCUCAGUCACGGAGAGGUGGUGUGUGCUGUCACCAUUAGCACGUCCACACGUCACGUCUACACCGGCGGCAAAGGCUGCGUCAAAGUGUGGGACAUCAGCCAACCGGGCAGCAAGAGCCCCAUGGCCCAACUCGACUGUUUGAAUAGAGACAACUAUAUUCGCUCUUGUAAGAUUCUCCCCGAUGGGCGGACCUUGAUAGUUGGUGGUGAAGCCAGCACGCUGUCAAUCUGGGACUUGGCCACGCCCACUCCACGCAUCAAAGCCGAAUUAACAUCCUCUGCUCCGGCAUGCUACGCUCUGGCCAUCAGCCCAGACAACAAGGUCUGUUUCUCCUGCUGUAGUGACGGAAACAUCGUGGUGUGGGACCUGCACAACCAAACGCUUGUCAGGCAAUUCCAGGGUCACACAGAUGGAGCCAGUUGUAUCGACAUCUCCAACGAUGGCACCAAACUGUGGACGGGAGGUCUGGACAACACAGUGCGCUGCUGGGACCUGAGAGAGGGACGGCAGCUCCAGCAGCAUGACUUCACCUCACAGAUCUUCUCUCUGGGUUACUGUCCUACGGGAGAGUGGCUUGCGGUGGGGAUGGAGAGCAGCAAUGUUGAAGUGCUUCACGUCUCUAAACCAGACAAAUACCAGCUGCACCUUCAUGAGAGCUGCGUUCUCUCGCUCAAGUUUGCCUACUGCGGUAAGUGGUUUGUGAGCACAGGAAAGGACAAUCUGCUCAAUGCAUGGAGGACACCAUAUGGAGCGAGUAUUUUCCAGUCAAAAGAGUCCUCGUCAGUCCUGAGCUGCGACGUCUCCCCAGACGACAAGUAUAUUGUAACAGGUUCUGGGGAUAAGAAAGCCACAGUGUAUGAGGUGGUGUACUAAACGCAGAGAGAUGGCUGGAAGAAACAAAACCGGCGAGCACUACACGAUCAUGGCAAGCGAAGCAGGCAACCAUGGCUCUUCUGUUUUCUGUCUGCUGUAUACCCCCUGGUCAAUUCAUCCCAUCUUGUCACCUUUACUCCGAUAGUUAGAUAAGAU